GUGAACGGUACUGGUGGGUGGGGAGUGCACAAGGUGGUCUUGGGGACGACUCCUCUCCCCGGAGGAGCUGUAUCCUGUAGUAAGGGGAUCCGGCGUUGCCACCUGCUCAGAGGGGUCUCCCCACCCAGACCACCAGGACCCCAUUUCCAGGAGAACAGCCCAGAUGUCUCAAGUGCAGGAGCUCUUCCACGAGGCAGCCCAACAGGGGGCGCUGGCCCAGCCCCAGCCCUGGUGGAAGAGCCAGCUGUUCGUGUGGGAGCCGGUGCUGUUUGGGACCUGGGAUGGUGUGUUCACAUCCUGCAUGAUCAACAUUUUUGGGGUUGUCCUUUUCCUGAGGACUGGCUGGCUGGUGGGAAAUACGGGAGUGCUCCUGGGCACGUUUCUGGUGUCCUUUGUCAUCCUGGUGGCCCUCAUCACCGUGCUGUCCGGCAUCGGCGUUGGGGAGCACUGUGGUGUUGGCAGCGGUGGUGUCUACUCAAUGAUCUCCUCAGUCCUCGGCAGGCAGACCGGAGGCACGAUUGGGCUACUGUACGUGUUUGGACAGUGUGUUGCAGGGGCCAUGUACAUCACUGGCUUUGCUGAGUCCAUCUCUGAUUUGCUGAGCCUCAGGAGCAUCUGGGCCGUGCGAGGAAUUUCGGUUGUGGUGCUUCUGGCCUUGCUGGGGAUUAACCUGGCAGGUGUCAAAUGGAUAAUCCGCCUCCAGCUGCUGCUGCUGUUCCUGCUGGCCGUGUCCACACUGGACUUCGUGGUGGGCUCUUUCACACACCUGGACCCAGAACACGGUUUUGUUGGGUAUUCACCAGAACUGCUACAGAACAACACUCUGCCCGAUUACAGCCCAGGAGAAUCUUUUUUCACUGUCUUCGGGGUGUUCUUCCCAGCAGCUACAGGAGUCAUGGCUGGUUUCAACAUGGGGGGUGACCUCAGGGAGCCCACUGCCAGCAUCCCCCUGGGCUCCCUAGCAGCUGUUGGCAUCUCGUGGUUUCUGUACAUCGUAUUUGUCUUCCUGCUGGGCGCUGUCUGCACCCGAGAGGCCCUUCGCUAUGACUUCCUGAUAGCGGAAAAGGUGUCCCUUGUGGGCUUCCUGUUCCUUUCGGGCUUAUACAUCUCAUCCCUGGCCUCCUGUAUGGGAGGUCUCUAUGGAGCCCCCCGGAUCCUGCAGUGCAUUGCCCAGGAGAAAGUGAUCCCCGCACUGGCCUGCCUGGGGAAAGGGAAAGGUCCAAAUAAAACACCUGUUGCUGCCAUCUUCCUGACCAGCUUAGUGACCAUGGCUUUUGUCCUUGUGGGCCAAGUGAAUGUUCUAGCCCCCAUUGUCACCAUCAAUUUCAUGCUGACGUACAUUGCAGUGGACUACUCUUACUUCUCCCUGUCCAUGGGUCCCUGCAGCCUUCUCCAGGUGCCUGAGUCAGUGCACAGGGAGGGCACGGGAGCUCUCCGCCGCUCUGAGCACCUGCUCUUGCAGAAGGCUCCCAGCUAUGGCUCUGAGGGCACUGCCCAAAGCCUCUCUGAGGGUACUCUGCUAGAAUUCACCAAAGACAUGGAUCAACUCCUCCAACUAACCAAGAAGUUUGAGAAUAGCCAACCCAGGCAAGGAGACAGUGACGGGAUCCCAGAAAGUAAGAAGGGGAAAUGCAAGAAGGCCACCAAGUCAACCUUACAAGAUAGCUUCCUUUUGGACCUCAAGUCCCCAGCUUCCUUCCCUGCUGAGGGCUCUAACAGAUUGCCUGUUGCCUCACGGGAGCGGCAGGAGGCCUGCUGGAAAAAGGAGAGUGGCGGGAGUGAAGGAGCUCUGCCUGGAGGAGCGAGUGGAGACCAUCCUGUCCCUGAGCCACGUUACCAGCCUGGCCCAAGUGGAGAAGAUUUAUUCCUGAAGUCUAGGCUCCAGGAACAAGAUAUCCAGAGGAGACCAACUUCUUUCUAUACCCACAUAUGCAACCCCUGGGUCUCCCUGUUAGGGGCUGUUGGGUCCCUUCUCAUCAUGUUUGUGAUCCAGUGGGUCUACGCCCUCAUUAACAUGGGUGUUGCUGCCAUUGUGUAUUUCUACAUUGGUCGGGCCAGUCCAGGGCUUCACCUUGGAUCAGCCUCCAACUUCAGCCUCCUCAGGUGGAUGAGGUCUCUUCUGACCCCUUCCUGCAGGAGCCUGAGAUCUCCCCAAGAGCAGAUAAUUUUGGCACCGUCCCUGACUAGGGUUGACACGGAGAUGACCCAGCUUACCCAGGAGAACGCAGACUUCGCCACUCGGGACCGCUACCACCACUCUUCCCUUGUGAGUCGGGAGCAGCUGAUGUCUCAGUACUAGAGCACUGAGUGCUUAGCAGUAGGCAGCCCAAGGGCCCUCCUUUCUUGGAGCUGUCCAGUGCGCCGAUGGAUCCGAAUCUCAGAACCUUCACGAUGCUGGUUCUCCUCAGUAAGAAACUCAAAGACCUGUCCGACCACUGCUGUUUUGGACCACGGGCUCCUGCAUUCUGGUCUGGGGUGCACACCUCACCAGGGUAACCACCGCAGUGGCUGUGGCCUCCACAACGUGCACCCAGUUCGAAGAGCUCCAUGUGAACAUCAAGACUUGCAAGUGUGGAGAAUCACACCGGGCUGCUUGUUCUGAA